CAUCUGAGAACUUUUUAUUCUGUCAGUAUCGAAUGAGAAGACUGUUUGAAGAAUAUCACAAUUCUCCAGGAGAAUUUCUUAAUUGGAAAGCAUGACGAACAACUCCAUCAGCAUGACCCCACUCAGUCCAGGAACCCAUCAUCAACUUGGAACUGUGUGUAUUUUUGGAACUGGUGACUUUGGUCGAUCACUGGGGCUGCGUUUACUGCAGGCAGGGUAUGCUGUAGUAUUUGGAAGCCGCCACCCAGAAAAUUCCAGCUUGCUUCCCAAAGGAGCUCAGGUGUUGAACCAUGUGGAUGCAGCACAGAUGUCCAGGGUCAUUUUCAUAGCUGUGCAUCGAGAAAACUACGAAUUCCUCAGCGAGUUUUCUGAAGAACUUUCUGGAAAAGUGCUUGUGGACGUAAGCAACAACCUGAAGAAAAACCAGUACCCCGAGUCCAAUGCAGAACACUUGAAAAGGCUGGUUCCGGCAGCCAAUGUGGUUAAGGCAUUCAACACAGUCUCAGCUUGGGCCCUACAGUCUGGAGGGUUGGAUGCAAACCGACAGGUGUUAAUUUGUGGAGAUGAUGAUGAAGCCAAGCACUUGGUUAGUGACAUUGCCCGCAGCCUCGGUCUCACGGCCCUAGACAAAGGAUCUCUCCUGGCUGCCAAGGAAAUUGAAGACUUCCCCCUGCACCUCUUUCCACUAUGGAGAAUCCCCAUCUACAUUGCCACAGGCCUUACUGCAGGCUUGUUCAUAUACUGUGUCAUAAGAGAUGUCGUCUAUACUCGUGUCACUAAAGGAAAAGACAACUCAUUCCGGAUCAUGAUUUCCCUCACCAACCGGGUUUUUCCGAUUGUGUCCUUGAACAUGCUGGCUCUGUGCUACCUGCCAGGCGUGAUUGCAGGAUUCUUACAGCUUUACAAUGGCACAAAGUACAAGAGAUUUCCAAACUGGCUGGACAAAUGGAUGCUCUGUCGAAAGCAGCUUGGUCUGGUGGCCUUGGCCUUUGCCUUACUUCAUGUGCUGUAUACAUUAAUCAUCCCCAUAAGAUACUAUGUGAGAUACCGCAUAACACUCUACACCGCUUCUCAGAUUAAGGAAAACAAAACGGACAUAUUUGAUAAUACUAGGGCCUGGUACGGUGAUUCAUAUCUUUCCUGUGGUAUUCUGGGAUUUGGUCUCUAUGUCCUGCUAGGAAUAACGUCUCUUCCUUCCGUCAGUAAUGCAGUCAACUGGAGAGAGUUUCGCUUUGUUCAGUCCAAACUAGGCCACAUGACAUUGUUGCUGUGCACGGCUCACACCAUUCUCUAUGGCUGGACCAAGUUCCUGAAGCCUUCCUCUUACCCAUGGUAUCUCCCUCCAGCCUAUAUGCUCUCCCUGAUUGUGCCGUGCACUGUGCUGGUCCUCAAAUUCAUUCUGAUAACGCCCUGUGUGGACAGAGUGGUCACAAGAAUUCGGCAGGGCUGGGAGAGGAGAUCAGUCAAAGUGCCAAACAUCACGGACUCCAAGAACAGAAAAACUCUUAUUCUAUGAAUUACUGCUGAGCGUUUUCUGAAUCCUGCCUUUACAAUUGAUACAGUCUAUCUUGGAUCCUGAAACUCAAAUUAGUGAAAAUGUGCAGCUAUGUUGUGUAUGUACACGUUACAGCUUUUUCAUGUUUACUGUUGAACUGGCCACUAUUAAAACAUUUGCUUUUUCAGUACCUCAGAAAGGAAAUAUUUUAUACAGCUUAUAGAGACUGCACAGUAUUACAGUAGAAAAUCGUACUUCUUGCGUUAAGCAUUUGCACGUAUAAAAAUGUAUUUUUAAAAAAACAUGUACGCUAUGCUCUUUCUUAUAGAAAUAUCAUAUCUUCAAAAUAUCAAAAAACAUCAGAAAGGCCACAAAGAGGAAAACCAUUUCCUCCAUCAUUCUUAUUUGGUUCUGUUACUUUGUAAUCUUAUAGUCUAUACUGGGUGUACUAUUAACAAAUCCCUAGAAAGCAGGAAAAAGCAGGACUAUUCCUCAAACCCUACCCACUCUAAACAGACAGUUAGGGAAACUGCAGUCCAAAUUUCUCAAACCAGAUUUACAUCACAAGAUGAAAUUUCCAACUUUAAAAGCACUGGUCUUGCCAAAGACGAGAGUGAGACUUUGCAAGAAUUGUGAGGUAUUGUGGCCCUUUCUGCUCACUAGUCACCAUAAUGACUAAUGCAAUGCAAUGUAUGUGCGAAUAAAUACAGGUUGUGCAGUUCCAUUUAUCAGCAAAUCCCUCUUGAUGUCAAGAGCAAUAUUUCUAUUGGAUUAAAGGAGAUGAAUUUACAAUGUAGUAGGGCUGCAUCAUGUCCUGGUCUGAAUCACAGAAUAUUUGCUGUGUAGUGGAGCUGGUGUGGUGACGUCAUCGCCCUCACUGCGCAUAGCAGGGUCCUCAGCUGCCUGGGCUGGGGGAGCUCUCCUUUAGCUCACGCGGUUGAUGCCCUGUUGCAUUACGCCGGAGACCCGGGUUCGCGCCACAGGUGCGCGGGACGGAACGGGUGGCGGAGGGCACAACCCCGCGUGGGACUGCGACGAUCACAGCUGCACAUACCUGGAAACUUCAUUUUGUGGUGUCAAUUGGAGAUGUUACAAGUUACUGUGUACAUUUUACUUUUAUUGUGGUUUGAAAUGCAGUCAUCAAUGCUGAUUCUUUCUAACUCCAAGGUAUAAAAAUAGCUUUGCAGUUCCCUUUUAAGAAUAGUCAGUCAAACAUAACCUGUAUGCCAGGGGAGGUGAAAAGAACAGAGGCAAAAACACACUCAAUCCACAGAUAACUGUUCAAAUUAGGAAUUGAUCCCAGGACCUUUUAAUAUUAAUAAACGUGAUAACAUGUUGUGAUAAAUGAGAUAAGAAGAAACUGCACUGUUUACUUUUGGUCAACAGGACAUGGAAUAUUCUCUCUUUUACAUAACUGAGUUGUACUGUAUUUCAACAGCUUGCAAUUGUUUUGUAUCCCAUCUGUGUUAACAAACAAAAAGAAGAUAUGAAUAAAAAGAAAGAUUUAUAAGGC